UGAGAACAUAAAUCGGGUGGUGGAAAGCGAAAGAAAGCGUUAGUGUGCAAGUAGGGAUGCGUCAACUCUGGUGGCCGACUACUAUAAAAACAAAAUUAGAAAUCCUAGAAGUCAGUAGUGCACCAACAUCUCACAACUUCUUUAGUGCAAACGUAGACCAAUUAAACAAUAAUAAUGUACACAUCAACCGCGUUUUAUGUGCUGAUAUUUAUCGCGCUCGCCAGCGCUGGACACUAUGAAGGUGGUUUCGAAGAUUUCGAAGGAGGGCACGAGGGUGGACAUGAAGUUGUGGCAGAUUUCGGUGAUCAUGGUGGUCAUGAAGAACAUCACGACCACAAAGAUUACUAUGCUCAUCCUAAAUAUCACUAUAACUACGCGGUGCAUGAUCCACAUACCGGUGACGAAAAGCAACAUCAAGAGGAACGCGAUGGCGACUCAGUGAAGGGAUCAUAUACGCUAAAGGAAGCCGAUGGUACUACAAGAGUAGUUGAAUACACCGCUGACAAGCACAGUGGUUUCAAUGCCGUGGUGCACAAAAUUGGAAAGCCCAAUCACGAAGAACACGGACACGAGCAUGGACAUGACUUUGGUGGAUACUAAAGCGCUCAAAUUCUAGGCCCAAUGUAGAAUGAAUUCUUGUUUGUAUGUUAAGUUGUUAUGAAUAAAGUU